AUUGCGCAUGCGCAGUCCACGCUAACAGAGAGUGAGUGGAGCAGAUGCGUUAGUCGUGGAAAUUUAUUUACAAUAUCUGCGAUUAUAGCGGAGAGGAUACUCUGAAAUGGCUAAAAAUGAACAAGUGUUGAUUCUUGAACCAGCUGGUGAACUACGUUUCAAAGGACCAUUCACAGAUGUAGUGACAGCUGAUUUGAAACUUAAGAAUCCAUCAGACAAGAAAGUAUGUUUCAAGGUAAAGACAACAGCACCCAAGAGGUACUGUGUCAGGCCAAACAGUGGUAUCAUCGAGCGGUCUCGCGUUACAGUGGCAGUAAUGUUACAGCCAUUCGAAUAUGACCCAACGGAGAAGAACAGGCACAAGUUUAUGGUCCAAACAAUGUUUGCUCCAGACAGCAAAGUGGACAGUCUAGAACAAUUGUGGAAGGACGUGACACCAGAGAACUUGAUGGACUCGAAGCUGAAGUGUGUGUUUGAUAUGCCAGAGUCAGCACAGCAGUCAAGUGCGGCCGAUGUGGAAGAAAAGCCGAAGAUUGUGCGUCCCUUGGAGACACAAGCGACUAAGCCAGCGGUCAGCAGUUACACGGAUCCCGAACUGAAGAAGGCAGUUGAAGACUGUUACAGGAUGCAGGAUGAGAUCGGACAACUUAGGGACGAGAACAGCAGACUAAAAGAUGAGGGUGUCCGUCUGCGGAAAGUGGCAAUAAAAGACACUGUAUCCUCCACGCCCACAUCCUCGUCCUCGUCGAUGUCAACACAGGCCAACCCAGCCAUGGCUCUCCCCCCAGUCGUAUACAUCAUUGCAGCUGUAAUACUAGGCUUCAUUAUCGGCAAAUUUAUCCUCUAAUCUUAUCAAACAAACAAAACAAGAAACUUUUAACAAACCCUAUUCAGUUUCAAGGGGAUAACCUGUAUUCAGUUUUCAAGGGGAGACAAUCCGGUCUGUUUGAUUGCCUGGAGAUUGAGUGUACCACUAGUGUAGGCGGUUGGCGGAAAAAACCAUUGCCAGGAUAUGACGGCAAGAUAAUAGACCAUCUCCAGGGUGAGGGCAGGUACAGGACAUGAUUCAUUGUUGCACUGACGGAAUAAAUAAUGCAAAAACUAAGGUUCUAUUUGUGAGAAUGUAAAGGCAUUGAAAUGUUGUAGAUUUCCGCCAGUACUUUGAGUGACUGGUCGCUUGUAUAUUUCCUUGCUUACUGUGUAAUUACGUUUUCCCCAUGACGUGCUGUGUCAAUAGGCAUGUGCUGGAUUCGAGUAAAUUUGUGGCCAAUUUAGAUCAUUUAAUCGUUUAAGGCUCCCAAUCGCUGUAAUUUGACCUUUUGAUUAUUUUUUAAUUUUUUUCUGUCAUGUAACGUCUCUGAGUCUUUAUGAUUCUUUUCUCCCAAAUUUGAAUUAGUGUUCAGACAAAUCUGCGGGAAUGAUUUUAUGUACAUAGGCAUGAAGGUUGUUUUGAAAAUUGUGAAACUGUUUGCAAUUGUUUGUUUCCCAUCAGCACAUUACAUAGAAUAUUUCAUUUGAAAAUUAUAUAUCUUUGAUAUUCUGGUGGAAUAUUUUGUUUGAAAAUUCUGGUCUGCAUAGAAACAUAAUUAGACCUGCUUUGAGGCCAGAUCUCACGCCUCAAGCCUGAAGCAAUUGUCAGUAAAAAUUCUCAACUUCGAGUUUGAAGUUCACAAAGUCACGUGUAAAUGAUAUUGCUUUGCAGGGGUGGCCUGCAUUUCACUGAUAACAGUACCAAUACACAAAAAAGGGUUUUAUGUUAGUUUGGCCUCUGUGAAAUACAACUGAAUAUAUGAAAAUAUAGACUUUAAAUAAAAUCCUAUUUGUGAAAAAAAUUAUGGUUUUUCCUUAUUUUUCUGCUGAUUUAGUUUUGAAUCCUAAAUAAAUCCCUGAUGCACCAAGGUAAUUACUUUUAUUAGAGUGGAGUAAGAAGGUAGGGCAUAUUCCUCUCACUUGAAUUAAGGUCAGAAAUAACCAUUAUCAUUUUUAUACCAAACAUACAUUAUUCCAAUUAUAUCAGUACUACUCAUUGUGAAGACAACUGAAUGAACAUUUAUACUACAGAAAGUGUGAUGGGUUUUGUUAUUUUUAGGGAAACAGUUUUGCAUUUAACCGAGGCUAAAUGUUGCUCUGAGAAAUAGCGUUCCCGCUGCUAAAUGGUACGGUUACUAUUCCAUCUCAAAGGUCGUACCAGUCCAAAACUGAUGUGGCAAUCAGCAAUUGUAAAGUGUGUAUGAAUGGGAUGUUAACAUGUGACCAGUGCCUAGCAUUGUCUCCUGUUUCCACAGUGCUUGAGCUUCCAUGAGAAUUUGGUCUGGACUAUCAGCAUUAGAAACUCUCAUUGACCCAGUGUUAGGAUUAGAUAAUUAUCUAGUCAUUUAAACACUUUCCUCUGGUCUUGUGGGGACUUGGCUCAAACAGUGAUCAAACAAAUUCAAAGGGCAUUUCGUUGAUCAAUCUGGCAGGUAAUGACUUGAGUUUUCACACAGAAAAUUUUUGGUUUGUCACUUGAUCUUAUUAAAAUGUGACGACCUUAACUUGAAACAGGUGCAAGUAUGUCCCUCAUCAGAUCAAAGGGAAAUAUUGUUGCCCUGAGGUUAUAGCAUUUGCUUGUCAUGCCAAAAGCCUGAGAUCAAUUUCCCACAUGGGUAUAAUGUGUGAAGCUCAUUCUGGUAUCCCCUACCAUGAUUGACUGAAUAUUGGUAAAAGUGUUGUAAGACCAUACUUAACUAUAAUUAUAAAAUAAACAAAGUCAGUUACUUCUUUGUACAGAGAGCUGUUGCUGAUGUUUCUAAACCAAAAUGCAGGAAGAGAAUCAUUUCAACAAGAUGUGUAGAGCCUGUAAGUCCAGACCAGUGGGUUUGUUUCUAAUGCUGAACAGCCUAGUGGCCUGUUGUAGACACAAGCUAGUUUCUGUAGAAUGUAGGAUUCAAAUAUGUCAAGAACUAGAUGGAAUGAAGCAUGUGGAUGAAUUUAAGUGAUAAUAGAAACAAUAAUAGCCUUAUUUCCACCAGAAACAAUUCACACAAAGCUAGAUAAAUAGUGCUGAUUUGCCCAUAUUGGUUGUGCAAUAUAUGCCAAUAACUGCUGAUCCAGGACAUGUAUGCUGCUUAUAUAAACACAUCUCCAAAUAGCCAGGUACAAGUCCCGAUCACCACCAAACCACUUAUUAAAGGUUUUACUAUCUGACAAACAUACAACUACAUUGCGGUUACUAAAACUACACCAACCUAGCGUCAUCGAGAAAAGAUGAACAGUUGCUCUGGCAUUAGGACUUGUUCCAUAAAGGGAGUUACUCCAAUAGACUGACGGACAAUAGUUAUAACUUGGAUCAUUUUGUGGAACCUGGCCCUGUAUUGGCCUGGUGCACCCUGGUUAAUGCUACACUGUCAUUCUGAAGUCAAGGUGUGGUUCUCCACAUGGGUACAUAUUGUGAAGCCCAUGUUGGCAUCUGCUACUUUAUUAUGACUGGAAUAAACCCAAUUCAUUCACUGGUCUCAUUACUCCCCUGGAACAUUAUAAUUUCAACCAGUAACUAUGGAUAUGAUUGGUUGAACCCGUAUCGUUAUUUAGCCUGUUGUCAGAGUUAUCCCACUUCUGGAGUACCGUAUAUCAGAUUAGUCGCAUCCCUGGGAAUUCACACAGGAUGUUGUUAGUUUGAGAUAUUGGAAUCUGUGGAAAUAGAACUGAAUGAAAGAAUGGAUAUAUUUAUGAAUAUUAUCUGUAUAAUAGUUUCACUGUGAAGAGCUUUACCUAUGAGUUUAGAGUAGCAUGGAUAUGAACAUCUAUUUUAAUAUUUGGUAAUGGUUAUGAUACAAAAAGACUUUCAAAUAUUUAAAUUUUAAUGUUAUUUUCCAAUGUUAACUUCCAUAACUCUUGACUACAUUUUUAGAUAGUUAUUUUAUUAGAAUCAAGUUUUAGAUUUAAAUUUAAUUUCAGUUGAGAGCACACUGCCUGCCACCUUGCUUCCCCGUCUUUGUUGCAAAGUGGAAAUGUGUGCCUUGGUUUCUAGUGGUUUAGUUUGCAAGAGAAAUUCAAUAUUGUGAUAUACAUUUUGGAUAUGCAGUAAGUCCUUCCUAUUUCGAAUGGAAAGACGCCAAACUUAUCACAGGCAGUAGUGGUUAUGUACUCAUAAGCUGUGGGAUCACAGACAUCAUAACAGGGUAUUAAUUUUGUAGAUUUCACUAUUAAAACAUACUGUUUUAAAAUAUCGAAGUCAGUAAUUAUCUUAAAUUGCUAAUGUUGCUCUAUUGAUAAGUUUUCAUUUUGACAUAAGACCAAACAAAUAAGAAUGUGACUUCAUAUAAUUGUGAAGUGAUUAUUUUUUAUAUACUCUCUCCAAAUAUGCUCAUAAACAGUGCUUAUUGCUAAGCAGUCAUUAAUUAAAUAGAGGUGUACCUUCAUCAACAAUAUGAGUUACCUCCCUUUGUAACAAGGUGGGUGGGUGUAAAACUACAACACAAUAAGAAAUGAUUCUGGAUUGUAACAGAUUUCCUAUCAAAACCUGUUAGGUGCUUCUGCCAAUGAUAAGAGGAUGUGCUUACUGCUGCCUGUGCUGUAGGUUUUGGUCAUGGUGAGGUGUGUAUAUAAUUUAUCGCUGUUGAUGUUUGUUAGUGUAUUAUAACUACUGAUUAUGUCCACAAACAGCAGCUAUUGUUUGACUAAUGCAUUGUUGUAAUAUACCUUACGUUACCAAGCUUAUCACUGAGUUAAUCUAAUGGGGAGGAGGGGUCACAAAUGGUCCAGAAAUUCAAGAAUACUUACGAAAAACACUCUUAACUCACUGGACAUUUAAACACUGUGCGUGUUGAACUUCACUUCAGUGCAUGUAUUUACAGAACACAAAACCUAGAAAAUUAUCUUUGGACUGAAGAAACACAUUAAAAUAAAGAAUAUUAAACGUACAUUUAUUGGAAAUUGAUCCAAAUGUCCAUUUGUUUGUGGUGCCAUGUUAGAGGUAGAAGAUGGAAGUUUAGGUUACACAGUGUUUCUGUUGUCCCAGAGAGUACAAAUACAUGUACUUAUGUGGUACAUACUCACCUGACGAUGGGUAAUCUAGUUGACAGUUAACUGCGACAUCCGGUUGCCAGUUAACUGAAAUCUGAGUUUGAUUUGCAGUAAAGGUUAGCAUUGAUUCUGUAUAAAUGUAUUAAUUUAUUCAACUAAUUUGGACAAUUGGGUCCAGGAUGUGGCUAAAACUGGAACCAUCUUGAUUAAGCAUUUUAGUUCAUCUUGCAAUACUUUAUUCUACCGAAUAAAGAACGUUCCAGAUCAUCA